CAAAUCAUGGCGAAUUUUUGCCAUCUGGAUGUCCUGUUUCAAAGCAUAUUUUUCCUAUUUCUCGUGUUAAUAUCGCAGAAUGGACGAUUCACAGUGGGCAGUAGAUAUCCAAAGAGUAUAGACACAUCAAAAUAUCACCAUCAUGAUGAUUUAACAAAACUUUUGAAGCAAUAUGAGAAACUCCAUCCGAAUCUGGCAAAACUCCACUCUGUUGGAAAGAGUGGACAAGGCAGAGAUCUGUGGGCUUUGCAGAUUACAAACAAUAUUGGCCAAAAAGAGCCAGGAAAGCCUAUGUUCAAGUAUGUAGGCAAUAUGCACGGCAAUGAAGCUGUUGGAAGGGAAAUGCUCAUAUUUUUAGUUCAAUACUUGCUCGAUAAUUAUGAAAAUAAUCGUACGAUUUCGGACCUCGUUGACAGGACAAAUAUAUUUAUCAUGCCGACUUUAAAUCCGGAUGGAUUUGAACAUGCUCAUGAAGGAGUGUGUGGUGGUGUGUUGGGGCGAGGUAAUGGGAAGGAUGUGGAUUUAAAUCGUAACUUUCCUGACCAAUUCAAAACCGUACGCGGACAAGAACCCGAGACCUUGGCAAUGAUGAAGUGGAUUCAAGAGAAUAAGUUUGUCCUCUCGGCAAAUCUUCACGGAGGCAGCGUGGUGGCUAGUUAUCCAUUUGAUGACUCGAGGUCACAUGUCAUAGAAGGUCACAACAGUCCUACACCAGAUAAUGCUGUAUUUCAGCACCUCGCUCAUGUUUAUGCUGACAACCAUGGUACAAUGGCGAAGGGGAACUUAUGUCGUGGUGACAACUUUGGAGCAAAUCGUGGCAUCACAAAUGGUGCUGCUUGGUAUGAUGUGCCAGGUGGGAUGCAAGACUACAACUAUCUCCACAGCAACUGUUUUGAGAUAACAGUCGAGCUUUCAUGCUGUAAAUAUCCAUUUGCUCGGGAAUUAGCCAAGGAGUGGGAAAACAACAGGAAUUCUCUCAUCAGUUACUUGAAGCAGGUCCACAUUGGAAUGAAAGGAUUUAUCCAUGAUGACAGUACAAAACAGGGUAUUGCCAAUGCCACUCUCAUGGUCCAUGGUAUCAAUCACAAUGUGACGUCUGCAGAGUUUGGUGACUUCUGGAGGUUGUUGCUGCCUGGGACGUACACUGUUACUGCGGAACACCCCGAUUACCUGCCUACUACAAUGAAGGACAUCAAGGUUUCUAGCGGCUCUCCAACCCAGGUUGAACUUAGAAUGAAAAAGAGGCUUAUACAAACAAGGCAACCACCGAAGACAACCUCAUCCCCUUUGAAGCCUUUAGAAAACAUCAUACACACAAUCAACACCUUUUCAAAUGACACACACAUGAAUUUCAUUGAGCCAAAGUCUUUUAAACACCUGAAAUUAAAGGAGAUCUUGACUUAUUUUUAUGGCAUAACUAGUCGGUAUCCAAGCAUAACUCAUAUAUAUUCAGCGGGGGAAUCUGCCAAGGGGAAGAAGAUUGAUGUGAUUGAGAUAUCUGAUAAUCCAGGCCAACACGAAGCUGGUGAACCUGACUUUAAAUACAUCGGUAAUAUCUACGGAGAUGAUGUUAGUACAACUGCUGACUUGUUGGCACUCAUCGACUUUCUGUGUGUAAAUUACGAAAAGAAUCAGUUUGUUACGCAGUUGAUCGAUAAUACAAGGAUUCACAUUAUGCCGGUGGCGAAUCCAGACAGUUACGACAAUGCCAAGCAAGGGGAUCCAUCAGCAGGCCAUCUUAACUCCCAUCACAUUGAUAUCGACAAAGAUUUUAACAAAGAUAUCAAAGCCACAGAGGCAGAAACGAAAGCCUUGAUGAGAUGGUUCCAGUCUCAACCGUUUGUGCUGGGGAUGAACCUCAGGAGUGGUUCUCUAGCGGCUGACGUGACCUACAAGAAUACAGAGACUGGCAUAGCCUUGUACCACAAGGGGCCUGAUGAUUCAAUCUCGAGGGCAUUGGCAUUGUCUUUUUCGAAGCCACAUUCCACUCGGUACAAAGGACACGUCUGCCCGAAAGCUCAGGAAACAUACACCACUGAUACAGCAGAUGGAGUGACUUGGUACACGAUUUCCGGCGGAAUGACGAAAUGGGAUUAUGAACACACUGGUUGUAUCCAGCUGGCGGCGGAACUUGGCUGUACCAACUAUCCAACCAAGGAGAAAAUGAAGGACUACUGGGAGGUCAGCAAGCUACCCUUGUUAGCUUUCAUUGGGCAGAUUCACAAAGGAAUCAAAGGUUUCGUGAAGGAUUCAAAGACGAAUGCAGGAAUUCCUAACGUUUCUGUGAAAGUGGCUGGGAUCGAACACUCCGUUUCCACGGCGGAGUUUGGAGAUUUUUUCCGACUUGUGACACCCGGAACAUACAGUAUCAUUGUAUCGCAUUCAGAUUAUGGUUCUAUUACGAAGGAAAACAUUGUGGUAACCGAUGGUGUGGCAACGAGUGUGGAAAUUAAACUUGACAAAAAGCAGAAAGUCAUACCAUCAUUAGAGUCUCUCGUCAACAUGGUCAACAAACUAGGAGAUGCCGCCCACCGUAAUGCUCUCAAAUUUACGGAACCAACAAAAUUUGAACAUCACAAAUUUGAUGCCAUGACAACGUUCCUACGGAAAUACACAAACAAAUGUCCUUCAAUCACACGUUUGUACUCCAUCGGAAAGUCGGUGAAAGGUCGCGAACUCUGGGUGCUUGAAAUUACGGACAAUCCUGGUAAACACGAACCUGGAGAACCAGAAUUCAAAUACAUUGGCAACAUGCACGGGAACGAGGUCGUCGGACGAGAAGUUCUGCUGAAUCUCAUCGAACUUCUGUGUGAUAAUUACGGCAAGGUGGAUUUUAUAACACAGAUGGUCGACUUGACACGGAUCCACAUCAUGCCGAGCAUGAACCCCGAUGGAUACGAGAUUGCACAUGAAGGUGAUUCGCAAGGCCUUGUUGGAAGGAAGAAUGCCAAUAAUAUUGAUUUGAACCGUAGCUUCCCCGAUCAGUGGCACUCAUCACUAGCAGCCCAGCCCGAAACAACAGCAGUCAUUAACUGGUUGAAGAGCUAUCCAUUUGUGCUGUCUGCUAACUUACACGGAGGGUCGUUAGUGGCCAAUUACCCCUGGGAUGACUUCAAGUCUGGACACGGCGUCUACAGUAAAUGUCCUGAUAAUACGGUCUUCAAGCAACUCGCUGAGUCUUAUUCCCUGGCACACUCCUCCAUGCAUGCGGGUCAUCCAUGUCCUAAUAUGGUGCAUGGCGAGUACUUCCCAGACGGCAUUACGAACGGAGCUCAUUGGUACAGUGUUGCUGGCGGCAUGCAGGAUUUUAACUAUGUGCACACCAACUGCUUUGAGAUCACGAUCGAGCUGGGCUGUAUCAAGUUUCCCUGGGCGAGUACCUUGCAGGCAUAUUGGAAAGCCAAUGAGUAUCCUCUGCUUGUCUUUAUGGGACAGGUUCACAAAGGUGUGCGAGGCUUUGUCAGAACGAAAAAGAACGGCAAUGGUGUGAUGAAUGCAAUCAUUACUGUGGAAGGAAUUCAGCAUAAUCUAACAACAGCUAGGGAUGGUGACUACUGGCGUCUCCUAGCGCCUGGCGAAUAUAAGAUAACUGCACAAAAACAUGGAUACAAACCAGUAACCAAACCAGUCACCGUGACCUCAGGUGCCGCCAUCCAGAUUGACUUCACACUAGAGGAGGACACUCUCACCGGCUGGUCUCUGAAAGAAGAUUUUGACCUCAAGAAUAACUUGAAGACAUCCUACAUGGAUGGAAUAUCUGUCGUGCAGGAGAUCAAGGCAAUAAGCCGAAAGAGUCCUGAUGCUUUCAGGUAUACCAAACUUGGGCAGACAGGGCUCGCCAAGGAAAUAGGAUGCCUCGAGAUGAGCGUUGACGUCAAGCAUGGCGAUACCCCUCUCAAACCAAAGAUCGUUUUCAUUGGAUCCAUAAAUGGCGAUGAGCCUCUUGGACUUGAGAUGAUCAUACGAUUUGCCAGACAUUUCCAUGAAGGCUACAAACGAAAGGACAAGAAAGUGAUGGACAUGUUAAAAGACUUGCGAAUCUUCCUCAUCCCCGCUGUGCACAUUGAUGGCCUCUUUAGAGCCCAUCCUGGGGACUGUGAUGGGUCGAGAAGUAAUCUGGCAAAGAUGGAGGACAAGUUCGGAAUACACAAUGCAAUGUUUGAAGUGAUUGCUUUGGAGAAGUUCUUCGCCGAGAACCAGAUCGAUAUGGUGGUCAGCAUAGAAGCUGGGGCAUCUGUUACAACGUAUCCGCUUCACAAAGAGAGACCAAACACGUUUGGAAAAAUCUCCAUAAUGACAGAAGAUGAGAGAGACCUCAGGUAUCUUGCCCUAGCAUAUUCACAGAAAAACGAAGAGAUGGCAUUGGGAAAACAUUGCCCUGGAAGAAACUUCACUGAUGGAGUCGCCCAUGGUGCUUAUUUCGAACUGAUGUCCAAUUCCUUGAUGGAUUACUUGUAUUUCAAACACUAUACUUUCAUGAUUGCGCCACAUAUUGAAUGUUGCAAGUACCCAAGUGCUGACAGACUUCCAGACAUUUGGCGAAAGAACCUAGAAUCGAUGAUUAGUGUCAUAUCAACAGUAAAUAAAGGUCUUUGCAUUACGCUACGCAAUCCCCAGGGUAAACGGUUGAAAAAUGGAAUGCUAAAGGUUCACGGCCACGAGCAGGUCCGCAAAGCUACAGACAAUGGAGAUGUCUUCCUUAUGAUGCCGAAGUAUUCUAGUGUUGCUGUUACUUUUAGUGCCACAGGCUAUCAACCUUCCACCCAAGAAGUAAGUCGGUGGAGUGACAAAGUCCAGCGCGUGAAUAAAACCCUUCGUCCUGAAGUAUCAGUUAUGCCAUACCAUGACUACGCAAUAACCACAGAAUACCUGAAAAAUAUUACAAAAACAUUCCCUAAACUUACAUCCAUGAAAAGUAUUGGGAAGAGUGUGAAGAACCGUGACAUCUGGGUUCUGCAGGUUGGCUCACCUCAGAACCGAGUUCAUAGGCCUGGCGUUCCUAGCGUGAAGUUGGUCGCUGGUGUACAUGGAAAUGAGCCUGUAGGACGCGAAAUUCUUUUGGAGUUCAUCUCCUAUCUGUGUAAACAGUAUGGAGAUGACUGGGCAAUCACCGAGUUACUAGACAAGUAUCGUAUCCAUGUCAUCCCUAUGCUCAAUCCUGAUGGUGCCGAGCUUGCUGUCCUUGGCAACUGCGAUGGAAAGGAAGGAGAAACCAAUGCCAAUGGCGUGGACCUUGAUACAAACUUCCCAACUAUCUCCACUCCUUUGGUGGAACCCAGCUUGAAUGACAGCAGCCUUGAGCCAGAGACGAAAGCGUUGAUGCAGUACAUGCAUGAAGAACCAUUCGUUAUUUCUCUAGUCCUCAGAGGAGGAUCCUUGGUAGCUGCCUAUCCUUAUGCUGCUCAGGGUGUAGUUAAUGCCUCAGGUCCACUCCAAGAAACCCCCGAUGCCAACAUGUUCCAUCAUUUUGCCUCCAUGUAUGCAAAGAGUCACCCGACUAUGUCCACAGGCAAACCAGGUUGUGCGCAAGAUAAAGACCGUACGUUCCCUGGUGGUAUUGUUAACACAGCUAACUGGAAACCCCGAGGAGGAACCAUGCAGGAUUAUAACUAUGAUGCCAGAAACUGCAUGGAGUUGACAGUCUAUACGGGAUGCUGCCUGUACCCAUCUGCUGGUGAUCUUCCUCAUCUAUGGGCUGCUAAUAGGCAGUCUCUUAUGGAUUUCAUUGACCAGGCUAACCAAGGUAUCAAGGGUUUUGUAAAGGCUGUGAAUGGUCGCCCUUUGAAGAAUGCUUAUGUUGCCAUUAAUGGUUUUGAGAGGGGCGCAAAGACGGCCAAAGAUGGAGACUUCUGGAAGAUUGUGCCUCCUGGAAAAUAUGCGGUCACUGCUGCUGCUUUUGGACACAUACCUCAAACUCUGAGCGUACAUGUACGUGAAAAUCGUGGAGCUACUCCCGUUACAUUUGAGCUGAAGGAGGAUUAUUUCAUUCUUGGUUCAGGGCCUAUAAUAUUUGUAUCUGUGGCAGCUUCAGCACUCCUGAUAGUCCUCAUCACCGUUUCCAUUUUGAUCAUCAUGAGGAAGGUCCACAGUCGGAAAUAUGACCGGUUACACGCGGAGCAAGUCAGGCGGUCAAUACGAGAAUAUUACGAUGAUGAACCGGAAUCUUUUAAUUCUAAAAAAUCGUUGCUCAACAAUGAUUAUCAUGAUGAGUCAGAAGAAGAGGAUGAAGUUUACUAUAGCAAGAGGUGAUGACGGGAAAUUUCACUACAAAAUAAAAAAUAGAGAGAAAACUAAUGUAUCUUAAACCAGAUUAAAUUUGGUUAAGAACACAAAAAAGUAAUUCAGUUAGUUUUAGGAUAAAAAUGUUUUACAAAAAAUGUGAUGAUUAUUAAAGUGUGGUCAGUUUUCAAAAAAGAAUUGAAGGGUAUUGUAAAUCCUUAAGAACAAAGAGUAUAUUUAUGACCCUUCGCACCAAAAUGGGUAUGGUAGUAAGUCACUGUUAGGGUAUGUGUAUAUGUAUAGGUAUAUAUAUAUAUAGUUAGUUUAUCCACAUAUUCAUAUAUGUGUAUGAGAAUGUUGGUUUUAAUGGUAACACAAGCAAUUUUCCUUUUUGUGGACUUGAAGGCUCACUGCUAGGCCUUGCAACUAACUACCCAAUCUGGUGUGAUUAGUCGCAGUAUUCUUUGCUCCAGAGGAUAGAGUACCUAUUGUAAAGCGAUACAGGUGAUAGAAGGUGGUUGGUUGUUACAAAUUCCAAUUGAGUACCUUUUAGUCUUCAUGGAUUUAGGUGCAUGUUUACUAUGGUGCCAAUUGAGCUUCAAGCUGUUUCAGAGGUCUUUUUGAUGAACAGACCCAAACUGAUAAUACUGGCUGGGAUUUAUGCAUGCCUGCCUAUUCUAUAUUUAAUUGAGGUUAGGUAAUUAAGUCUUUCAUGAACUUGUAAAUUCAGCUCACAAACAAAAGUAUCGGUUGGCAGAUGAGGGCGAGAGUAAAUCAUACCAGCAAACAUGGUAAAUGAGGUGCAGUUUUUUCAUGGGUCAUGUUCAGAUUUAAUGACAAAUCUCUUAAGCUCUCACGCUUGAAUCAGAAGUGACAACAAUCUUGUCAAAAUACAAUGAAGGGUUGUUUUUUUUAUUUUGACAGUUUAUUCAGGGCCCUUUGACAAAAUGUGAUGUGUGAUGUUUUAGAAUUUGGGACCAAAUUUUCAACUGGAGUUUUUUUAAAACUUGGCAGGGAUUGAACUGGGCCAAUCGAAUUUAAAAACAGAGAUUUUUAUGGAUAGAUAUUUAGAGUGUUGGUAGUGGUGAGUAAAAGAACCCAUUUCCAAGACGCAUCAUAACCUUGUUUAGAAAAUUGGAGGAAGUCAAAGGAAGAAGCUGGAAGUGCGAUAAUGCAGAGUUCAUGUGGUAAGUGAAGAGGUUAAAAACCACAGAAUCGGAAUAAAAAAUGAUAGUCAGUCAAAUUACAGAGCAACUCUUUUCUAAUUCUUCCCCGGCUCCCCAUGAGUCUAAACAUUGACUUAUGGUAGACAUGUAUGAUGCUUUUUUGAAAUGGACUCGUUGCUUGUUGUAAAUUUUAUGAUAGUUGAGUUGGGUUUUUUUCAAAACAAAUCUAUGCUUGCUAUUAUGCAUGGAAGCCGAUGAAAGGGCAUUUCCUUUGGAGGUUGUAGCGACACUUGGUUGAUUUCAGUUAUUUCACAUUGCAUGUAACCACCUUAAAUGAUUUUUUAAAACACCUAUGAACCUAACAUAACAUUUGUGUGUUUGUUUGAGAGCAAACUGGUGCCUACAUCCAUUGAAUUCUGCCUCCAAAGAGUUAGUUUUAAAAUGAUAUCGUGUUGAAAGUGUUUUGUUCAUUGAAUGAGAUUAGGCACAUAUCUAUAUGGAGUUUCUUACAUCAUUCCAUUUUCAUGAGUGGUAAACCCCUGAUAUUUGAAGUUGGCUGUUUGAUUUGUUUGCUGCCUGUGAAUUUUCAGUUUUCUGUUCAUACCAUAGCAAAUUUGGGUGAUAUUUGAAACUAGUCAUUUUUCUGUAAAUUUGUUUUUGAAAACGUGUGCUGUAAAUUAUUUUGAACAAAAAUUUCGAGAGUGGUGAAUAGUGGCAGAGAGACUGGUGCCACCUUAAUGUCAAAGAUCUCCUUGAAAAUGACCGCAAUUUUGGGAAAAUUGACCAUUAAACAACCUUGGGUGCUUCCUCUUCCACAGACUUCUUGAUUUGCCAAAUAACCAAAUUUACUAGAUUGAUUGUUCUUCCAUUUGAGGAGCAGUAGCGCAAUGAAGAAGUAAAGCAUAGCACCACAUGAAACAAGUACUAAUCCAAUGCUAUUCAAGGCAUUUUAUACCAUUCAAAGAUAUGUCAAACUUUGGCAAAUUUCUGGUACUUGGUCUGGCUGGUGAUAGGUUGUUCACUGUACAGGUUUGCACGUUUGAGCGUAAGGUGCCUUAGUUUUCAUAUUGUGCCUUCAAUUAAAAUUGUCAACAAUCUUCCAAUAAUUUGAAUUGGGACAGCUUUUUCACAAGGACUAAGUUUUCCUUAACACCAAUGUAUGUACUGGUCGUUCUUGGUUUGAACCCGGAUGUAAAAAUAAAAAAGUUUGAACUCGUUGGUGCAUAAUAGAAAUGAUUCCAAGAUGAGAUGGGACCAUAUUCAGUGUAUUAUCAGGUUGAAGGUGUUGAUAUGAGAGAGGUUCAGAUUUUGAUCCGAGAAAGAGAAUGAAAAUGAAGUGGCAUUUGGACGACGGAUAUUGCAUGGCAUGCUUAGAAACUCUGGUACAAAACAAUCAACUGGUUGACAGCAACCACAGUGAGAAAAAGACUCCUCAUUCUGAUUCUUGGGUCAAAAUUUGAAUCUCUCUAUUGUUGUGAAUGGUUGUGGGGUUUAUAUGGGGUAUAAAUAAAUGAGAUUUUGAAUAA